GUUACUAGGGGAUUUCGCGUGUUGUGUUGGCAGCACACGUUUUGAAUUUCUGUCAUUUUGAGUGUUUAACGUAUUUAUUGGUGUUAUUGGAAUAUUAAAGGCGUAAAAUGGAAAAAACAAUCAAUUCGGGGGAGGUAGAACCAGCGAAAAAACGCCGAUCUUCAAUCCUGAAGCCACGCAAGUCGAGGAACCCCCUUGAAGAAAUCCCGGUCAGUGAGACCAGCCCCAAGUUGACAGCCACCAAACCCGUUCGUAGAGUCAGUUUUGCAAGCAGUAAUUUUAUAAAGCCUUUUGUAGCGGAUGGGGAACAUAACACGAUCUGGGACAACACAAUCGAAGAAGAUGUUAAUCACACAAACUCAACUCAGUCGUCUCAGGACCAAAUUUCAAGCAGUAGCAGUAGAAUGGACCUGACAAAUAGUAAAAAAAUCGCUUCGUUGUUGAAUACGACAGUGUUGGAUGAAAGUAUGAUGGAAUUUACGUGCCACGAUGUCGCGAAAAAGAUUGAAAAUAAUAUAAUUUCAACUUCCAACAAUGACGACGACGUUUUUCUUCAAGAAGUUGAAAUGGAUUUGACUGGUGUGUCAGAUUCCGAUGAAAAAAAUGACAAUCCACAAAGCAAAACAAACGAACAAAGCGCAGUUGAUAUGGAAUUUACGUGUCAAAUACCAACUAAUAGCAAGUUGUCAAAUACUGUUGCCAUGGAAACUAUGGAAUUUACCUGUCAACAGUCUGAUUUGUGUCAAAUUUCUACGAUUCCAGAGAGAAAUGGUGUAAAAACCAUGAAUUGCACUUCUCAGAUCACAGCUACUGAAGAGGUUGACAAGGAAAAUAUAGUCAAUGCGAGGUAUAGUGAAGUUCCGCUUGUCAAUUGUGAAAUGCCACCAUUGUCAAAUACCAUGGAAUUAACUUGUCAGGUGCCUGAACUGUCAAUUCCCAAAAUCAAAUGUCAAACUAUAAAUAUUGAAAAUGUUGACGUGAUUGACAAAGAAAAUAUGGUCAAUGUACAGCAUACUCAAGUUCCGGUUGUCGAUUGUGGAACGCCCCAUUUGUCAAAGAUUAACGUAUCGUCAAAUAAUGAUGCCGAAACAAUGGAAUUCACGUGUCAAAUACCCAAAUUGCCAAAGAUUGACAACGAGUCAACGGAAUCACCGUGUCAAAUUUCUGAAAUUCCAGCAACAAAUGAUCACCAAACAAUGAAUUUCACGUGUCAAACGCCAGAUACCACCCAGGUUGUCAAAGAGAAACGAGUGAAACUGAGGUAUAGUGAAGUUCCGAUUGUCAAUUGUGCUUCGCCUCAGUUCAAAAUUAAUAAACUGUCAGAAACUGUCUCCAGAAAUAUGAAAUACUCGUGUCAAAUUUCUACAACUCCCGAUGGCAAAGCUAAGGAUAGUCAAACUCCUGAAAUACCCAAAAUGUCAAAUAAUGGUUCUGGAAAAUUGUCAAUGAUUGACACCGAAGCAAUGGAAAUUUCUUAUCAAAUGCCCGAUAAAAGCAUGAGUUACAAGAGUCAAAUUCCAUUUUUUGAGAGUUCCAAUGUGGCUGACAAAGAAAAUAUGCGUGAAAUUUCGAACGUAAUGCCCAAACUGUCGAAAAUUGACAACAAAGCAACGGAAUCUUUGUGUGACAUCGACAAAGAAAAUUCAUUUAACCUCAGGCAUAGUGAAUUUUCAGUUGCCAAUUGUGAGAAUCCUCCAAAGAACGAAAUAAUUGAAUACUCUUGUCAAAUUCCCACAACUCCAGAUGUCAAGUGUCCAACUCAAAAGACGGAAACAUUUAAAGAAUCUGAUAAGGAAAAUAUUGUCAAUAUGAGGCAUAGCCAAAUCCCCAUUAUCGAUUGUGGAUUGCAAGUGUCAAAUGUUAACAAAUUGUCGAAUAAUGACAGCGCAACUAUGGAAUUCACCUGUGAAAUGCCUAAGUCAAUAGUUGGCAAUAAAACAAAGCAACCUUUGCGCCCAAUUUCUGCAAUAUCUGAGAUGAAUUCCACUUCUGAGAAGUUUAUCCCAGAGAAUACUGUCAAAGUGAGGCAUAGUGAAGUUGUCAAUUGUGAAAUGCCUGAAUUGUCAAAUACUGACACGCAAACUAUGGAAUUCACUUGUCAAAUACCUAAAUUAUCGAUAGGUGGCAAUAAAUCAAAGCAACCGUUGCGUCAAAUAUCUGCAAUGUCUGAGAUGAAUUCCACUUCUCAAAAGGUUGUCCCAGAGAAUACAGCCAAAGCGAGGCAUAGUGAAGUUGUCAAUUGUGAAAUGCCUCAAUUGUCAAAUACUGACACCCAAACUAUGGAAUUUACAUGUCAAAUGCCCAAAUUGUCAUUAGUUGGCAAUAAAUCAAAGCAACUUUUGCGUCCAAUUUCUGCAAUAUCUGAGAUGAAUUACACUUCUGAAAAGGUUGUCUCAGAGAAUACAAUGAGUCACAGUGAAGUUGUCAGUUGUGAAAUACCUGAAUUGUCAAACACUGACAUCCAAGCUAUGGAAUUCACUUGCCAAAUCCCUAAACUCGUACUGCCUGGCAAUAAAGCAACGAAAUCUUCAGCUCCUCCAGAAAUGACUAAUAUCAAAGCCAGGGACGAGCAUACUGUUAGUAUGAAAAUGUCAGAAACUAUGAGUGACAGUCGUAGGAACAUGCGCAUUUUUCAGUUAUCCUCUGUCAACAAUCAAAUUCCAGAAGCUACACCGGUCAAGGAAAUAAAUUGUCAAAAUUCGACAAUAUCACUGCAAAAACCCCAAAUUCGGGGUGAUGACUGUUUUGUUAAAACGCCAGAUCCGUCUUUACACAUAAACCUGAUGAAUUUCACUGAGGACGAUACGCAACAACUUAUAAAUCAUGUGCUUGUCGAAGCGAAUCAUUGCUCCUUUACCACCACACACUUGGAAAAUUCAAUGGGUUUGGAUGACGCGUCUUUGCUAGACGUGCAGAAAAAUCGCCUGAUGAAUAUCAACGACACGUACUGCUUGAAAAACAAGAUGGCUUUGAAGUACGAAGAGGAAGACAGCUUGGGGAUUUUACCCGAUGAGUGUUUAUCCGAAAUUAAAGACAGUAAACCGGAGGCGAAAAAAUACGAUUUCGACAAAUUUCGAAAACCGAAACCGAAGAAAGAACUCGUAAUUAAAGAGUAUCCAAAUCUUGCCCAGAUAAUCGAAACUGUGCGAAAACAGCGAGGAUUCAUCAAAAAAUAUUUGGAGGAUUUUAAAUGUCGCGAAAUUGAAGUUGUAGAUUUGUUGAAGAAGCGACCACCGGUGGAAUCGCCGGCGAAGGAAGAAAAGGUAAAGCCAAGCCCAACUGUUGAAGAAACCGUCAGAAAAUACGAAGAAAGCUCACAAAAAUGCUGGAAAUUGGAAUCAAUCGCAGACGAUUUUUAUCACAUUUCAACGCUCUUCAAAUGGGUUGUUUUAAGCGUGCGAUUGGACGUUGUUUCGGGGGUGGUCCAAAGCAUCGAGUUUUCGCCUAAAUUAGACCCCGAUUCCAAACCGAUUGAUCAGUUUAUUUCAAAGUAUUUCAUCGAGAAACUCAAAGAUGAUCAUUUAAUAUCGGCCUUGGGGCGAAACUACGAUAUUCUGUCGCUUCUCGAUUACGUCAAAAUGACCGUUUUGGAAAUUAGGAAUUUCCGACUUGACUAUUGCUCGAUUAAUUGCAUGGUUUUUGGGCCUGAUUUUGUGGCGAUUUAUAAAAUUAUGGAAAUCGAGUUGGAGUUGUUGGUUGAUGUGAGGGUGGACAUGAACGAUGUCGAUAAUAUAGAUUACGACAAACACGUGACAAUUAUUAACAAAAUCGGGGGCGUCAACAGGCAAGAGUUGCUCAACUUUGCCAAAGACUGCCCCAAAGGUCUGGCGUUUUUCAAGAGUUUCUCCGAAUGUAUCGGAAAGUACGUGAAAGCGAAGGAGCAGAGGAAGGGAAUUAGUAGAUAAUGAGAUAAUUGUUUUGCUAGUUUGUGAGUAUUUUAUAUUAAAUUCUAUACCUUUUUAUUGUA